CAUCCUGUGAGCAGCUGCCCUUAAUCGUUUGUCUGAAAGGUUCCCUGUGCGCGCGAGCGGGAGUGAGCCGGCGCGCGACCAGGUGGAUGAGGAGAAGAGCUGCCAAACAAAUCCAACAAUAGGCCGUCGACGGUGGGGACGCGUGUCCACGGAGAAAUGAAUCGCCAGACUGCCACAGCCCUCCCUUCGGGCACGUCAAAGUGUGCACCAUCUCAGAAAGUGCCUGCCCUCACUGGCACCACUGCUUGCAACAAUGACUUGGCCAGCUUAUUUGAAUGCCCCGUUUGUUUUGACUAUGUGCUUCCACCAAUUCUCCAGUGUCAGAGCGGCCACCUGGUUUGCAGCAACUGCCGCCCAAAACUCACAUGCUGCCCAACGUGUCGUGGUCCACUUGGCUCCAUUCGGAACUUGGCAAUGGAGAAGGUUGCAAAUUCUGUACUGUUUCCUUGCAAAUAUGCCUCAUCUGGUUGUGAGAUCACGUUGCCACACACUGAAAAAGCGGACCAUGAGGAGCUCUGUGAGUUCAGGCCCUACUCCUGCCCUUGUCCUGGCGCUUCAUGCAAAUGGCAGGGCUCCCUGGACGCUGUCAUGCCACAUUUGAUGCAUCAACACAAGUCCAUCACUACGCUUCAAGGUGAAGACAUAGUCUUCCUCGCCACAGACAUUAAUCUUCCAGGAGCAGUUGACUGGGUUAUGAUGCAGUCGUGCUUUGGAUUCCAUUUUAUGCUGGUUUUGGAGAAACAAGAGAAGUAUGAUGGUCACCAGCAGUUCUUUGCUAUUGUACAGCUCAUAGGAACACGUAAGCAGGCUGAAAACUUUGCCUAUCGGUUAGAGCUGAAUGGUCACCGUCGGCGCCUCACUUGGGAGGCAACUCCAAGGUCAAUCCAUGAGGGCAUUUCCACCGCAAUCAUGAACAGUGACUGCCUAGUCUUCGAUACAAGCAUUGCACAACUUUUUGCGGAGAAUGGCAAUUUGGGGAUCAAUGUGACCAUCUCCAUGUGCUGAAGGAGGUGCCCUUGUGGUCUGGCUUAACUCCAAGGUUUGACCUGCAUGUGGAAACUCGGAUGUAUAGAAACCACUGAAAACCUUUAGCUGCAACACAAUACUUGUACUAAUAUCUAGAGACAUUUAGGGAAAAAAAUGACCGCGUGUUUGUAGGAUUGUGUGACUGUCUGUCCUUUUUGAUGAGUGAAUGUCAGCAGUUCUGUUCCCCUACAUUCAGAUGUUCAUUUGUCACCACGUGCUGCUGUUUUUGUUCGUUUUUUUUGUAUUUUUCUGUCUGUUACUAUUUUUAUUUUUAUGUUUAUUUUCCAUUAAAUAAAUUUGACUGAAUCUUUA